AUGCACGAUGUUUUUAUCGAUAUAGACGAGGAUCUGGCGUUAGUGAUGGCGAAUCGGGUGCGUCGGCGAAAUCGUGGACUUAGCUCCAGUGGAGAUGUUAUGGCAAAAGAGCCGGACUUUGGCUUCUCUGAUGCUGGUCCUCAUGUUCCGAUGGUUUACCGUCCAAGUGAUAGCGGCGAUGAAGCAGAUAGUAUUUCCUAUAAAUACGUUUCAGUGAGCUCAGGUGGGAACUGGUUCACUCGUACGCGCGAAUCCCUCCGAGGUGACAUCUCAUCUAUCUGUCUUCUUCUCUUCUUAUACUUGUUACAGGGUGUACCGCUAGGUCUUAUUGGAGCAAUUCCACUUUUGUUGCAAGGCAGAAAUGUUUCUUAUGGGCAGCAAGCUGUGUUCUCCUUCGCCUAUUGGCCGUUUAGUAUGAAACUUCUAUGGGCCCCCGUUGUCGACUCUGUCUAUUGGAAACGCAUUGGUCGACGAAAAUCAUGGAUGGUUCCUUGCCAAUACCUUAUCGGCUUAUUCAUGCUCGUUCUUUCAUUCCGAGUCUCGUACAUAAUGGGAGAAGGAACAGAUUCCGCCCCUAAUGUUCUCCUUCUAAUGUUAAUAUUUUUACCACUGAACUUUCUCGCAGCUACUCAGGAUAUUGCGGUGGAUGGUUGGGCUUUGACUAUCUUAUCAAGGAAAAACGUCGGAUAUGCAUCUACAUGCAAUGCUGUUGGUCAAACUGCAGGAUAUUUUCUUGGAAAUGUGGUAUUCCUUUCGUUGGAAUCAGCAGACUUCGCUAACACUUUUCUUCGUUCGGCGGAGAAUCAGAAGCCCUACGGAAUUGUUGACUUAGCAGGUUUCGUUUUUUUCUGGGGUUGGGUGUUCAUUAUAUCGACCACGUUGGUUCUGAUUUUCAAAAAGGAGGUUGACAACUCCUUGCAGAAUUCCUCGGGUAACAGUGAGGAUAACGAUGACGAAAAAGAGCUUGACCUGGGGAUUACUGAGACAUACACUGUUUUGUGGAAGAUUUUGAAAUUGAAACCUAUGUUGUGGAUGCUUGUUAUUCUUCUCACUGGAAAGAUUGCGUUCGCAGCGACUGAUGGCAUCACUGGUUUGAAGUUAAUUGGUAUGGGCAUGCCAAAAGAUAGAUUGGCCAGCUUUGGGUUGUUCCUAACUCCACUUCAGAUCUUACUUCCAUGGAUGAUUGGAAAGUGGACUGCUGGACCAAGACCACUCAACAUUUUCUUGUUAGCUUACCCGUACAGGUUGUUCGUUGGCGGAAUUUUUGCUGCUCUUGUGUACUUCACUCCUUCAUUCAAACUUGAUUCGGGUAAAUUUAACAACACUGUUUAUGUAGUAUGGAUCAUCGGAUAUGUAUUCCACCAGGUGGCAACAUACUGCAUGUUCGUAUCGAUGAUGGCAUUCAAUGCUCAAGUUUCUGAUCCUCGCAUUGGAGGCACUUACAUGACAUUACUGAAUACUUUGAACAAUCUCGGCGGGAACUGGCCCGUGACGGUGAUUCUAUCCGUGACAGACUGGUUCACCUACAAGGACUGCGUUGUCAAGGGUACCAAACACAUCUUAUAUUCGUGCAACACCAAGGACCUCGCUGAACAAUGUGCCGCAGGAGGCGAUGUGUGCGAGAUGGCUAUCGAUGGCUAUUACAUCGCCGUGGCUAUUUGUUCGGUAGUAGGAUUAAUCUGGUAUAAAUUGUUGUUCAACAAAAUCAAAUACCUCCAAAAAAUCCCACGUUCGGACUGGGGUGUAAUUAAAAAGUAG